AUGGUGUCAGCCAUGGAGCGGAAACGACAUGGUGUAGUCGACUUUGAUCAGCAACUUAUGGAGCAAGGCCAAUCAGACACACUAAGUUUCGACAGCUCAGACGACACCCUCACCUCCCUACCGGCGAUAUCGAAGCUCGAAUCGACGGAUGCGAUACUAGAGAGAACGACUACUAUUGUCGAAAGCAAUAACGAAGCGGAACGGUCAAUGUCGCUUCGCGAAGGCAUACGCCUGUACCCCAAAGCGAUAACAUGGUCGGUGUUACUAUCGAUGACACUCAUUAUGGAAGGAUUCUCUACUAUCCUCGUACCCAAUCUGUUCGCAAUGCAACCGUUCCGGAAACAAUUUGGUACAUUACAACCUAAUGGCUUGUACGAAAUUAGCGCCGACUGGCAAAGCGCACUUGUGAACGGCGGCCUCGCAGGGCAGAUCGUAGGGCUUUUUGCUACAGGAACACUCGCUGAGCGAAUUGGCUACCGAUACACACUUAUGGUAGGGUUGGUGGCAAUGAGCGUGUUCACACUCGUACCCUUCUUUGCCACAGUGGCCUUACGGGCGUAUCUGACUACUUAUGUCAACGCAUGUUGGGUUCUUGGCCAGCUAGUAGCAUCCAUUGUCAUGCGCGGCAUGAUUAACAACACCACCACAUGGGCCUACCGCAUCCCUUUCGCAUUACAAUGGAUCUUCCCCAUUCCAAUCUUCUUCGCCGUUUACUUCGCGCCUGAGUCGCCUUGGUGGCUCGUACGACAGGAUCGCUUUGCGGACGCCAUGAAGACGAUGCGUCGGCUUCGCACGCAACCAGCAACCAUGUCGGACGAUGAGUUUGACAAAACUUUGAACGGCGCAAUGGAGGCCAUGAUCCAAACGAACGAGAGAGAACAACAGAUGCGGAGUGGCACGAGUUACAAAGACUGCUUCAAGGGAGUGGACCGGCGCAGAACUGAGAUCACAUGCAUGGUUUGGAUUAUCCAGACGCUAUGUGGCAGUACCUUCAUGGGCUUCUCCACCUACUUCUACGAACAAGCAGGUCUCGGCUCUGCUCACGCUUUCACCCUCUCGCUGGGCCAAUUCGCACUCGGUUUAAUCGGCGUCUUCAUAUCCUGGGCUCUCAUGGCACACUUUGGGAGGCGCACACUGUAUCUCUCCGGACAAGUCAUGACCUUCAUCUUCGUACUACUCAUCGGGAUACUAGCUUGCAUACCACACCGCCAUCACUUCGUCACAGUUCGCUCAGCGGUAGUAGGCACAUCCUCUGAAGUCGGGAAUCCGCAUCCUACGGUACUCAACUGGUCUAUCGCAGCACUACUUCUGGCUUUCACUCUAGCCUACGACGCAACCCUCGGGCCUAUCUGCUACGCCCUUGUCUCGGAAAUCCCUUCCACGCGCUUGAGAAGUAAGACGAUUGUUCUCGCGCGCAACUGCUACAACAUCUCAGGCAUCGUCACAAACAUCAUCACACCGCGCAUGCUCAACCCUACUGCUUGGGGCUGGGGAGCCAAGGCAGGUUUCUUCUGGGCAGGCACAAGUGUGAUCGGCAUUUUGUGGGGUUGGUGGCGGCUUCCCGAACCAAAGGGAAGGACGUUUGGAGAGUUGGAUGAACUCUUUGAGAGGAAGGUGGCCGCGCGCAAGUUCAAGACUACGGACUCUACGGUUGGUGGGGCACUUAUCGCGAGAACGGAGAAGAGUAGGGCAUAG